AUUUCUACUUUGCUGCUCUUGCUGUUUUGUACCUUUUUUUGUGUGUGUGUCAAUUGUGUUGUUCUUUAAAAAAAACCCAAAAAAAUUAUGUGUUAAAUUAUUAAAAUAAAAAAAAAAAUAUUUAUAAAUAUUUUUACCCAAAAAAAAAAUCGAUUUAGAAAAUCGUAAAAAUUGUGAUUUACGAUAAAUCCAAUAUUUAAAGAAAAGCUAAAAUUAACCUAACAACCAACCAAGUGCUGGCAUAGUUUUAAGCAAGAAUUAAAACAAAAAUCUACACAAAUAAACUUCAUCAACUUUGACAUUGAUUUCCUGGAGAAAUUAAGGAUAUUUUUUAUUUAAGUAACCAAUUUUUUCAUAUUACACCAAAUAUAACUACCACGACUUGUCUGUAAAAACGGACAAACAAAGACUACUACAUAAAUUUGUAUUUAUUUAAAAUAUUUUAACAAUCUAAAUUAUUAGUAAUUUGCAAAAAAUAUUAAACAAAAACUAAUUAAACAAUCCAUCAGCUCAAUCACAUCUACAACAACUAAAACAGAAAAAAGAGAGAAAAACCAAUAAACAAGCAUCAAUAUGAAAUAUACAACAAAUACAAUUGAAAACCAAACCAAUACUACAAAUGCCAAUAACAACAUUAAUUUAGUGACCUCAUCAUCAACAUCCUCAUCUUCGUCAUCGUCAGCAUCUUCCACCUCAUCAUGCCUGUCCACAGCAUCAACGACCAAUGGUGGUGGUGUUAAUAACAACAACAACACCACAAAUACCACCGGGAAUGCAUUAUUCUGUGAACAGGUUAAUACGGUUACAAAUCUCUUCGAGAAAUGGAAUGAUUGUGAACGUACCGUUGUUAUGUAUGCUCUACUCAAACGUUUACGUUAUCCUAGCCUAAAAUUUCUCCAAUAUUCCAUUGAUAAUACUUUGACACAGAACAUGGGUUCAACAUCCAAUCUAAGUACCGUUGUUGUAGAUAUGAAUGCCAAUAAUCCAUCGUAUUUACAAAAUCUCUUAAAUGCCUAUAAAACAUUUCAUUUGGGCGAUUUAGUUGAUACUCUGUCAUCGUCGUCCUCUGACAAAGAUUCAAUGCCUUGCUAUGGAUCUGAUUUUCAAAUAACACAUUGUGAUGAACGCAAAUUGUAUAGUAAGAAAGAAGAUAUUUUACAUGAGGUAUUGAACAUGUUACCUCUACUCAAGCCGGGUAAUGAUGAAGCUAAAAUGAUUUAUCUGUCGUUGAUACCAUUGGCCGUUAAGGACACGAUACGACAAAUUGUACCCACUGAAUUGGUGCAACAGAUAUUUUCGUAUAUGCUUAUACAUCCAGCGGUCUCGAGUGAUGAUCGCAGAAACCUUAAUGUUUGGCUGCGCCACUUAGAGGAUCAAUUACAAAACCUUUAACAUACUUCACCGCUCAAUAUGAGUGGUGGUAGCGGUGGGAUGCCAACAACACACACAAACUAUAUGCAAAGUCAAACAUAGUCUUGUGGGUGACUCUUGCUAGAUAAUCCAACAAUGACAACAUCAGGAUCAUCAGUAACAUCGUCAUCAUCGUCUGCAAUGUCAAUUUCUUCGACAGCCUCCAAUGUUUCGGUAGCCUCAUCAUCAUUUGGCAACUUGACACAGAAUUGUAAUGCAUCUACAAUUUCUAACAACUCAAUGAUGGGAUCACGCAAUAAUGAUUGGCAAACUAUACAGCCGCCAAGUAGACAGCAACAACAACAGCAGCAGCAAACACAAUUGACUAAAUCUGCUUUAGGUUCGGAUUGGUCUUCGCUAGUGGUUAAACCCAAUACAGCGAUUAAUAAUACAAGUGUUAAUGUUGUUAAUGCUGGCACUAAUAAUAGUGGUGGUGUUGUUGGUGGCAUAGUAGUUGGUACAACUAUUGCCGAUCAACUCUGUGAUAAUUUGAAUGGUAUUACACUGAAUGAUUUAGCCUCUAGUCAAAAUAGUUUAGGUAUCAACAUUGUUGGCACCAACAUUGUAGAUUCGCUGGCUACGGUCGACAAUAACAGUUCUUCGCUUGUCAAUGGUGUGGCAGCAGCAGCUGCCUCUGCUACAGCCGCUGCCGUUACAUCGGUGGCUACAACACCAAAUAUUUUUGGACCACAAACAAAUCCAAUUAUUAACAUAAUUAAUAAUAACAACAAUUGUAGUGGUCAGCUAAAUGGUAUCGAUGAUCAUGACACUUCAUUCUCAAAGAAUGGUACAGAAAUCUUAGAUUUUGAUCCAAAUACAAAUAAUAUGCAGAACUGCGAUAGUUGCAGUAAUAGUAGCAGCAGUAAUGUGGGACAAAUGCAGCCUCACCAACAAAUGGGCUAUGCCUCUAUAUUGAUGAGCAAUUGUGCCGAUCACUUGGAUAUUAAUCGCUGGAAUUUGGAUAGUAAAUUUGCUGCUUUAAAGACCCGACGUUCCAAUAGUCUUACCACUCAAACCAUUUCCUCCUCGGCUUCUUCCUCCAAUUCAUCGGUUAUUACCGUCAACGACAACUGCUCCAAUUCAACCGAAAAUCUGGCACAAUUUGCCAAUAAACCACGUAGUUUUUCACUCUCCAUUGAACAUCAUCGCGGUUCGUUGACAAAUAGUGGUUCCGAUACCCGUCUAGAUGACUUCAAACCAAAUUAUAUAAAAUUCCAAACACGUAAUGUUGGCAUGUCUAGCAUUGGUUUAUGGUUGAAAUCGCUACGUCUUCAUAAAUACAUCGAACUUUUUAAGAAUAUGACCUAUGAAGAUAUGUUGCAAAUCACCGAGGAAUAUUUGCAAAGUUUAGGUGUUACCAAAGGUGCUUCCCAUAAGUUGGCAUUGUGCAUUGAAAAGUUAAAGGAACGUUCGUCGCAUUUGUCUAAAAUGGAGCAGGAAUUAAUCAAUGGUCAGCUUAAGCUGCAGGCAGCUGUUGAAGAGUUGGCUAAUAUUGUUUUGACUCCCAUGAAACCGAUUGAAUUGGUCAAUAGCAAUUGUGGUGAGGAUAAUGUGGCUUUAAUGUUUCUGAAGGUCGUCGAUUUAGUCUGCACAAUUGCUCAAAAGGAUCCUUAUGCUGUGGUUGAUGAUGAUAAUAUUAGUGUUAUUCUGUGGAUCUUAGAUCGCUCCAUACAUAACGAGGCAUUUGUUAAUCAUGUCAAUCAAUUAAAGGAUUUAAAAUUCAAACUGUCCAAAUUGAAAAUGUCAUUAACUCCGAAAAUUCAUCAUACCAAAAAUGGUAGUAAUGGAAAUUUGAAUAAACCAAGUUUUCAAUUUUCCAGGUGGAAUGGCAAAACACGCAAAUGUGAUCAAAAGAAUGGCAGUAAUGAUCGUAUAAAUCAUCGUAAGAAUUCAAAUGAUAUGUUGAAUUUCUCCCUAAGUUGUUUGCAACAACAGCAUCAUCAUAAUCAGCAAAUGCAGCAACAACAACAACAGCAGCAGCAACAACAGCAACAGAUUAAUGAAUAUGAUAAAUACCAUAAUAAUAACAAUAAUAAUAACAACAAUAAUAAUAAUAACAAUAACAACAAUAAUCAAUAUAAAAAUUCAGCAUAUCAAAACUAUCAACAACAACAGCAACAAAUUAAACAGCAACAACAAUUGCAGCAGCAACAACAGCAAUUACAACCCCAAAUGUUGCAACAAAAUACACAUUUCCCUGCUUUGCCACAACAACAGCAGCAGCAACAACAAAAUCAACAACAACAACAUAGACGUUCUCUUAACAAUUUAAUUGUUGUCUCUGGUGGUCCCCAACAGCCUCAGAAAAUGAUGUUUAAACCAGGUCAAGGUAUAUUAUCUAAUACAAACAUGACUAAUGAUGAUUUAAGCAUUGAUAUGAUGAAGUCAAGCCAACAACAACAAUCCCGUAAAGCCAGUUUAACUUCUUUAAACAAUAGCAGCAACAGCAGUAACAGUUUAAAUGCCAGCAAUUUGGAAACAUUGCAACAACAGCAGCAGCAGCAGUCACCUGCUACUAAUGCAUCUUCAAUGCCAAAGAAAACCAUGGCUGCUGUCGUAAUGGAAAAUUUGGCUAAAUUUGAUCAACAUUUUACAUUAUUUUAACAAAUCACUCACUCACUCACUGCUCAUUAAAAUUUUAAUAUUAUAGUAGAAAUUGAAGCAUAAUUGAAAAGGAUGAUGGAUUAAACUAAAAGAAUUGGAUAUAUAUAUUUUUUGUUAAAACAACAAUUUGUAUUUUGAUAAAAAAAAGAGACUGACUUAAAUUACUUUCCGCUGAAAAAAAUAAAACUAUAAAAAACUUUAACAACUUUAUUUAACAAACAAAAAAAGGGAAAGAAAUCUUAUAACGCAAAAGAGAGAGAGAAAAAAAUAAGAAAACUUUUUUAAUUUACUGGCAAAAUUAAAAACUAAAGUUUAAACCAGAGAAACAAAGAAUUGAUUUCAAAUCAAAAAAAAUAAUAAAAAAAACUAAUUAAUUUAAUAAAAUAAACAUAAGAAUAUAAUUGCUGAAGUGAAACUUUAAAAGUAGGAAAAAAAAAACACAAUUUUUUUCUUUAAAACAAAACAAAAACAAAAAAAAAAAUACUUUACACAUAUUUUU